AUGAAGCUCACACAAAAGUGUCUUGGGAAUAUCAGCAAGAUGUUGGACUUUUAUUCGCAAUUCAAUCCUUCGCCGCUUUCGAUAAAACAGUUCAUCGAUUUCGGCCUAAGUGCCUGUGAGAGGAAAUCCUUUAUAUUCUUAAGGAAGGAGUUGCCGGUCCGAUUGGCCAACAUUAUGAAAGAGAUCCAUCUAUUGCCGGAGAAUUUAUUGAAAAUGCCUAGCGUGGGUAUAGUUAAUAAUUUAUACGCCACCUCGUUCGAGGAUAUCAUGCAGUUCGAGAAGGUUGAAGUCAACGAUAGCACUCUAGACAAAUUCUGUCAAACAUUGGUGAAAAUUAGGAACAGGCAUAAGGACAUCGUGGAAACGAUGGCGCAGGGUGUAUUAGAAUUGAAAGAAUCCCACGAUGUCGAUGUCCAAACGGAAAACAAUAUUCAAUAUUUCUUGGACAGAUUUCUCAUGUCCCGAAUUUCCAUUCGUAUGCUGAUCAAUCAACAUACUCUCUUGUUCGGUAGCGAAUUAAACGGACACAGUAGACACGUGGGAUCCAUAGAUCCAUCCUGCGAGAUAAGCUGCGUUGUGAAAGACGCGUAUGAGAAAGCGAGAUUACUGUGUGAUCAAUAUUAUAUGGCUAGUCCGGAAUUGAUAGUCCAGCAACAUAACGAGUACGAUCGAUGUAGCCAAAUUAGAAUAGUUUACGUACCGAGCCAUUUGUUCCACAUGCUGUUCGAACUUUUCAAAAACAGUAUGCGAGCGGUUAUGGAACACCAUAGCUCGAACGGGGAAUAUCCAGCGAUAGAGGUGAUCGUGUCGCGUGGAAAGGAAGAUAUAUGCGUUAAGAUGUCCGAUAAAGGCGGUGGUAUUCCUCGCUCGCAAAUGGACCAUUUGUUUAAAUACAUGUACAGCACGGCGCCUAGGCCGACCAAAACCGAUGCCCACACAGUCCCACUUGCCGGUUACGGUUACGGUCUUCCAGUAUCUCGAUUAUACGCCAGAUAUUUCCACGGUGAUCUCGUUCUCCAAAGUUGCGAUGGUUUCGGUACCGAUGCAAUCGUAUAUCUAAAGGCAUUGUCGAACGAGGCCAACGAGUUAUUGCCAAUUUUCAACAAGACUUCCUCCAAAUUUUAUCGAACUCAAGUAUCAACCACCGAUUGGAGCAGUCAUUGCGGCGGUGGAAUGGCUACGAGGCAAUUACGUAUGAGUCAUGUCCAAGGACACAAACUUCCACGUGGAAUGGAAGUUAGGCAUUGUUAACGAAAAUCUCUCAUCUCUAUGGACCAAGGAAUGUUUCAGUGUUUCCUUUUUAAUGAGGAAUGUUUUGCUUACGAGCAUCGAUACGAUCGGCGGAACAUUGAGAUUCGACAGAAUUGUUAAUCAAGACAACCGCUUCCGCUGUAGGUGGAAAAAGCCUUGCGACUUUCGUGUCACGAUAUCUGUAAAGAAGUAGCAAGGAUCCACAAUCGAGAUCCUUCGUAAUCGGGUAUAUAUAUAUAUAUAUCUCACCGUAGAUGACCGUGGAUGGUUACAGCGACGUUAUUGCCUCGUCAAAAAUGUCUUACCGUUCGUUGUGCCCGCGGUUACAAUGCUCACAUAUCACACGAUUCUUGAAAUUCAACUGCAUUUUAAAUAUUUCCGAUAUAUUUUUUUUAUUAAUUUUAUAAAUUUAAGUUUUUAAGAUAUAUUUAAAAAAUCGUAGAAUUAAUCUGAACGUUCCAUCAAAAUCGUUUCUUUAUAUAUAUAUAUAUAUAUACAUAUAUAUAUAUAUACAUAUAUAUAUAUAUAUAUAUAUAUACAUAUAUGCCGUGCUUUUAAUAAAUCAGCAUUUUAAUUCUCUUUUUUCGAACGUUUUUUUGUUCAAACGUGAAACUGUUCAAACUGUAUGCUGACUUAACUUUGUGAUCGAUCGAUACAAAAGCGAGAAGGAAUUUUCCACUCGUUAGAGGAAUUUUUAUAACAAAAAAGUACGCCACAAAUGUAAAAACUGUGAUUUGAUACGUGAUUUUAGUUAAAUAUAGAUAGACAAACUUCGAACUUGUUAAUCUACGACGUCAUUCGCGUUUAUGAAUUUUAACUAUGUUAUAUGUAAAAAAAAAAAAAAAAAAAGAAAAAAAAAUUAAAAAAAAAAAAAAAAAAAAAGAUCGAUAAUUUAACAAUCGCUUAGAAAUGUGAGUUGAACAAAAUGACAUGCGAGUCGGAAGGACUGGCUGAAAGAAAGAAUGAUAACGUUCACUUUAUCCUGGGAAAGUAUUUUGUAUACCGUAUAUACAAUCAAGUUCUUCUUAAGAAGCAUUUCAGGUGUGUUUUAAAUGAAUUUUUAUAAGACUAAAACAUAGAAGAAAAAAAAAAAAAAGAUUUAUACGCAAUAAAUUCAUUUCCGCGACUUUCGAGUCUCGUUUAUAUUCUAAGGUAUUUCCUUCGAUACGUUAUAAUGAAUGUGUGAAAUUCAGCCAGAAAGAAAUCGAAUUCGAAGAUGAUGCAAUAUCGUCGCGUUCAUGUUAUCUAUUAUUAUUUGUUGUACCAUUGAUUUUCUAACGUGAAAUUGAGAAUUUCGCUCCUGUAUAUUUCAUUGGAAAUUGUAUAACGAGGUUUCUAUAUAUUUUUUAACUAGUAGAGUACGAUGACAUUUAAUUUUCACAAAGAGACAGGCACAACCAGCGUACCUUAGAAUACUAAACAAUUUUUAAGUCUUUACCUCCCUUAGGAUUUAUCGUAUAAAGAGACUGCAUAAUUUGCGCGUAUCCUGCACGUUUUUCUACGAUCUUACUAUAUUACAUUUCGUUUCUUUAAAAGAGAAUGAGAAAAGAGAGGACGAAUUUAGGAAAAGAUGAUUGUUCGUGAACUGUUUCCUUAAAUCGAUGAUGCAUUUUGUUAUUUUCUUUAAAGGGACAGUGUCACUUUUUGUGGCGAAUGUUUUCCGUUGUGGAUUAUUCGGAUCAUCCGACGGAUGAUCCCACGGUAUAUUUGCGAUAUAUUUCGAAUGUAUGUUUUGUUCCCCCAUUAUGUGUAUAAAUUUUUAAUUUUUAGAGCACUCGGAAUACUUGUCUAGACGACAGCUGUAAUUUUUAGCUGUAAUUAUAAAUAUAAAUAUCUAGGGAUAAUUCGCGCACGUAACGCGAGUGAAACACUUGUAAAACAUUGUUAAUAAACAUAUUACAAGAUAAAAAAA